CACCAAGGACAGGGCCUGAAGCAGGCCAGUGGAGAAGCACAUCUGGAAACAGAGUGCUCACCUGGUGACCAGAGCCCUGAUGGAUAGGUUCAGGGACUGUGGGAGCCUGAGGAGGGCACCCAGCCCAGCCCAGUGGACAGGGGCCGUCAGAGUUUUAGGAAUGGAGUGAUUUGGUCUAUGCGUUUUCCUGUUUCCUGGUGGAAGACCCCAAGUUGGGCAGUGCUGAGGAUCCAGCUGGGAGGCAGAUCUGGCCUGGCUCCUGGAAGCACAGUUGCUGUUGAUCCUGACUUAUCUUCUUCCUAAGACCAUAAGCCUCUUUGCUAAAUGCAGCUGGCAUUCACCUGCUGCGUCUUCUGCAGUCCCUUCAGCCCUCCUUAGCCCCAGAGAACACUCAGAUCAGGUUCUUCCUUGUGUUAUUUCAUGUCUUCGCUCUUUUCCUCUUGGAAGCCUUCUAGACCUACCCCCCACCCUGGUGGUGCUGAAGAAUGACAGUGCCUGGUCCGUGGGUACUGUGUUUCCCCAAAAAUAAGACCUAAUCGGAAAAUAAGCCCUAGCAUGAUUUUUCAGGAUGACAUCCCCUGAACAUAAGCCCUAAUGUGUCUUUUGGAGCAAAAAUUAAUAUAAGACCCGGUCUUAUUUUCGGGGAAACACGGUAGAUAGCACUGCAGCCUGUUAGCCAAGAGCUUGGGGGUCAGAGAUCUGCGUUCAAAUUUCAGUUCCAUCUUUCAUACCUUUGUGACCUUAGGGAGCUUUAACCUCGGUUUCCAACUGGAUAAAAGAGGGAUGAUGAUAACAGUAUUGAUCUUGGUAGGAAGGCUCCUAAUCCUUUCCUUUUAGAGCCAGAGAGGUGGGUGUAGAGAGUGUGGAAAGGAUUCUGGAGCCAGACGUUCCUAGGCCGCUCUCCUCCAGUCCUCAGCUUCCUCUCCUCCAGUCUUGUGACCUUGGACCUGCCACUUCCGCUUUCCCAGGCUCAGUUUCCUCUUCAUCCCCUAAGGUGGGGAGCACAGUUCACCAUUCACUGGAUCAGCCUUGUCCAGUGCUGGGCACAUGGACACAGUCCUUUGCUGUAGGGUAGGAGAGGAGGGUCAGUCAGCACACAUUUCUCAGUGUCCCCCUGGGCCAGGCCCAGAUUUGGGUGACACUGGGCAGCAGUUGCUCUCCUGGAGCCACUCAGAGGCCUGUGGGGAGACACACGCACAGGAGCACGCGGCAGAGGGGCUGGGGUUGCAGACUAGCUCCUGGGAGCUGUCGAAGCCCAGGGGGGCCCUCUGGUUGCGGGAGGAUAUCCAGGGGAGGUAGCACGUCCUGAGUCUUGAAGAACAGAGGAGUUGGCCGAGAGGACCCUGGACUCCAGGGAGGAUGGCGGUGAGCUCUGGGCCGGCAGUGCCAAAGGUCCGCCAUGUUCUCCGGCGGCUGCCUGGCUGUCCAGGGUCGUUGGUUGUCACUGCUGGGCACUGAGCUUUCAGGGUACCUGCGCCCAGAUGCAUCCCCCUGCCCCUAACCUGGCUCGUUCCUCCUCGGUGCUGCCUGAGGCCUCGCGGCGGAGGCAGACUGCAAAUGAUCACAACUCGCUUGCUGAGCACUUGGCAGGUGCCUGCCCUGUGCCCGGUGCUCACUGUGCUAAGCCCUUAGGAUGGAGGUGGUCCCCCAUUUUAGGGGGUCGGGCCUGAGCCCCAGACCCCACAGCAGCAUUGGAGCAUGGGUCUACGUCAGAUUCCAGAUCUUGGCCCUUUACCAUAAUGGUGUCGUCUUUGUUGACUUAAUUUCUUUUGGCCAAGGUUGGGGUCUGGGAAGACAGGCUGUUCUGAGGCCUCUUAGGUGUCAGUCAUUGGGCUGGGGACUCGGGGCUCUCACUCCCGUGGAGCACAGCCACAGGCUGGCUCGGGACCCCCAGCUGCAGCCCCUCGUUCAGGUGUGACUUUCACAGGUGGCAGGAGGAGUUGGGACGGGUACACUGCCAGUGUUAGCAGCACUGUUGGAUGAGCACAGAAAGCUAUGGGGUUUCUCUGUUCUGUCUGCUUGGACGUUGGUCUCAUAGAACAUGCUUCUGUCUGAUGCUGAGUGGGGAGUCCCAUGUGGCCUUGGAAUGGGCGAUGCAGUGGACCCUGAGAGGCGUCAGGCAUGGUCCCGGCCUUGAAGCUCAGGCCGUUCAGAGAGUCUUGGAUUGUUGGGGCUGCUGCGUGGGUGUCUGUGCUGGGAGCUAGUCCCUGCCCUCCCUUAGCAUGAAGUCUGCUGGGUUGGGGGUGGGGGACCCCACCUGCGGCAUGUAGGACUCAGCUGUAGUGAUGGGAGUUACAGGGUCAAGUGCCAGUGUCCUCAAAGAGAGAAGGGGAAGAAGCUGCCUUUGCGUCUGGCCGACCCAGUUCAUCCCCCCCGCUGCUCUGGCUGUGUGACGUUGGGUUGGCCCUUGAGCUUGUCUGAGCCCUGGCAUUAGGCUCUGACAAUCCAGUCAAUGUGACAGCGGCACUAGGCACUUACUAGGUUCCUGGCUUCUCGUUGAGCACCUCACCGGCAUCAUCUCAUUGUUCACAGAGAGGUGAAGGGCUUUGCCCAAGGUCAUAUGGCUGGUGGGUGGGGGGCCAAGUGUAACCAGCCUGCCUGAAGAGGUUGUCCUCCGUCGCUCCAUGUGCUUGUGGGAUUAGGCUUUUGUGCCUACAGCAGCCUGUGCCCAGAGUCUGCCAUGUAGCCUGUCCUUGAUGAAUGCCUUCUGCAAUUUGAGAAGUGAGGACACUUGAGCUGAGGGAAGAGAGACAUCUGGGAAGGCUUCCUGGGGGAGGUGCUGUUUUCGCAGGGCUCUGGCAUCAAAUCUUUAGGGAGGAGGUGGAUGAGGUGGAAGUGUCUGCAAGAAAGGCCAGGGAGGGGGAGUCACAUCCACCCAGAGGAUGGGGCGUCUGGCCCUUUGGCCCAGUUGAGGGGUGACAGCUAUAAGAUGGUCCGUAGGUGUGUCAGGUCAUUUUGUGGGGGGGAGUCUAAGAGUAUUUUCGUUUGUUUAAACAAUUGUCAACAUUUAAGAAUCAGGAGCAUUCACAGUCCUUUCUGAAGGCCUGGGAACCCCAGAUGGCGGCAGGUGGCUAGGGUGGGGCAGUGGCUGCUCUGCUCUCUGCCAGUCCUAGGUGGGGCUGCUGCCAUAACAGUAGGUCAAGGUUCUAGAAUUCUAGAAUCUUCUCUUUCUCUUACGGCGAGAGUGGGGAGUGGUGAUGGGCUGCACCUGUCCACCCUGGCCUAGCUCAUUUUCUGGCCUGGCCCCUGGGGAGGGUUGGGAAGGACUGGAAGGGACCCACACAUGGAGCUGCGGGAAGAGGCCUGGUCUCCGGGGCCGCUGGAUUCCGAGGACCAGCAGAUGGCCAGUCAUGAGAACCCAGUGGACAUCCUCAUCAUGGAUGAUGACGACGUCCCCAGCUGGCCCCCGACCAAGCUGUCCCCUCCCCAGUCGGCACCCCCGGCCGGCCCCCCGCCCCGGCCGCGGCCGCCCGCGCCCUACAUCUGCAACGAGUGCGGCAAGAGCUUCAGCCACUGGUCCAAGCUGACACGGCACCAGCGCACGCACACGGGUGAGCGGCCCAACGCCUGCGCCGAUUGCGGCAAGACCUUCUCGCAGAGCUCCCACCUGGUGCAGCACCGGCGCAUCCACACGGGCGAGAAGCCCUACGCUUGCUCCGAGUGCGGCAAGCGCUUCAGCUGGAGCUCCAACCUCAUGCAGCACCAGCGCAUCCACACGGGCGAGAAGCCCUAUGCCUGCCCCGACUGCGGUCGCAGCUUCACGCAGAGCAAGAGCCUGGCCAAGCACCGGCGCUCGCACAGCGGCCUCAAGCCCUUCGUGUGCCCGCGCUGCGGCCGCGGAUUCAGCCAGCCCAAGAGCCUGGCGCGCCACCUGCGGCUGCAUCCGGAGCUGUCGGGGCCUGGCGUGGCGGCCAAGGUGCUGGCGGCCAGCGUGCGCCGGGCCAAGGCGCCCGAGGAGGCGGCCGCGGCGGACGGCGAGAUCGCCAUCCCGGUGGGCGACGGCGACGGCAUCAUUGUGGUGGGCGCGCCGGGAGAGGGGGCCGCAGCGGCCGCGGCGGCAGGGGGCCCGGGGGCCAAGACGCCGGGGCCCCGCUCGCGGCGUGCACCGGCCCCCAAGCCGUAUGUGUGCGUGGAGUGCGGGCAGGGCUUUGGGCACGGGGCCGGGCUCUUGGCACACCAGCGCGCCCAGCACGGGGACGGGCUGGGGGUGGCGGGGGCCGAGGAGCCGGCGCACAUCUGCGUGGAGUGCGGUGAGGGCUUCGUGCAGGGCGCGGCACUGCGCAGACACAAGAAGGUCCAUGCCGUGGGCGUGCCCUCGGUCUGCAGCCGCUGCGGACAGAGCUACUACCGGACCGGCGAGGACGACGAGGACGACGAGGACGAAGCGACUGGCGCCAGGUGCAGCGAGUGCCGGGGUGGGGAGGCCCGGUAGGGGCGGAGGGCCCGAGGGGGCAAGGCCCCUCGGGCUCGGCGGGAAAGACGGCGCAGGACCCAGAGAGCCGUGGAGAAACGGACUGACGGUGGCCACGGACCAGCGGCGACCUCCACGGGGUGCAGUGGCCUCCAGGAGGCGCUGGGGGGCGCUCACUUGGUCGCCCACCCUCCCUGCCCCCUGUCCCUCGGCCUGGCCUGCUCCUGCUAGGUUCUCGGUCGAGCCCGAGAUAGACGUGAACUAGAGACCAAGAGAUCGCAAACCCCAUGAGUGAAAGACCGUUUCCCGCCUUCUCUUCCCUCACCGUCAGGGAGCGUGGCAAGGAAUGGAGAGCAAUUCAGCCCUUUCGGUUUAGAGGGUGGCCCCAGAGAGGGAAGGGAAAGAGGGGUCCUUUUCCCUUUUAGAAUUUUCUUUUAAUCGUCCCCAUCUGACUCCACCCACCACUAUUUUUUCUCAUCUCCCCUUUGGUCCCAUCCUUUUUUUUCCGCCCGAGCCCUUUCUCCCCAUCCUGGGUCUGGCGGUGCAGGAGUGUGGAAGCAGAACCAGCCCUGGUUCCAAGCAUGCUUCUCGGAGAACGGGGUCUCUACUCCUUGGCCUGGGCGCGGUGGAAGAGGGGUGUGAGGGCCAAUAAAUGGCACUAUCUGAUUGUC